CAUCAGUUUUACAGUUGUCCUUUUGCUAAGACUCCACCUACAAUAACACUCAAUGAAAAUCGAUAGGGAUAACAGAAUUCAUUGGGAUCUAUUCCAGUCCAUUAGAGAUAUGAAUUCACUGCGAGCUUAAUUCAGUGGGGUUUUUCUCAGUCUAUUGCAGAUCAAUCUGGCUUGACAUCUUUAUUUUUUCCAAUAUACUCAAUUUCAAGUUUUAUAGCAAGUAAUAAAGUCUAUACAGAGUUUAAAACAGAGAAAAAUGACAUCAAGUGAUAGGCCUCCUUAUGGUCAUAUGCCAUCAACAAAGGAGGAUGUUCCAGGGAAGCCUCUUAGCAUGGGGUCCAGUCUUAUUGAGAAGGGUGCCAAAAUGCUUCAGACCAUGGCUCCUAUCAAGCAGUUUCAGCAGCAUGUGUGCAGUUGGGCAAUAUAUUCCCAUGACAUGAGCAGACAGAUUGAAACACACCAUUAUGUUACAAGGCUCAAUGAAGAUUUUCUCCAAUGUGCUGUCUAUGAUGCAGAGUCCAGUGAUGCACGUCUCAUUGGUGUAGAAUAUAUUGUAUCAGAUAGGCUGUUUGAGGCACUGCCUAAUGAGGAGAAGCAACUUUGGCAUUCCCAUUUUCAUGAGAUUAAAUCAGGCUUGUGGGUUAAUCCUGGGGUACCUGAGCUAAUUCAGAAACCAGAGCUGAAGAAACUUGCAAAGAGCUAUGGAAAAUUUUGGUGCACAUGGCAGUUUGACAGAGGUGACAGACUACCCUUGGGAGUCCCUGCCUUAAUGAUGUCACCUCAAGGUGAGAAUUGGGGUCAGAUAAAGGAGGAGCUUAUAUUGAAAAGAGAUGAAAAAUACAAGAUUUCUACACUGGAGAAAGCAGAGAGCAGAGUUGGGAUUGAAGGGCCUGAGAAAAUAGAUCCCCUGGCUGACCAUUGGAAAAAGAAUGGAAAAGGGUGGGUGGUGGAAGCCAAAGAGAUUGACAUGAUACUCAAAGCAGGGUCUCCCCUCUCAACUUUAAGAGCAUCACAAACAUAAACUUUCUGUACCAUGUAACACAUCUGAAUGCUGCUGUGUUCUCUCACCUCUCUGUAUAGUAUAAGCAAUUUUGAGUAUAUAUGUUUUGAGAUACAUUUUUUUCUGGAUGUUAGGUUGAGAGUAGAUAUUAGUAAGGUUGAGUAUCCAAGUUAUGUGAUCUACAAGAGUUUCAUGGUUGAUAGCAGGGGAUAUCUGUAGGUGCCUCUUUAACUGUGGGUACAUCUGUUAUGAAUGUUAACCUGGUUUUCAAUUGGCUCUUUUAUACAUUCUAAUAGACUAUAUAUUGUGAAGGAAGAGAUGGUUUUGUUGUGUAAAUGUAGACCAGCUUAUAUUUUCCUGUUCUAUUAAUAUUUACAGGGUGACAUUAAGUAUUACA